AAAGAUAUAAACUAACUUACACGCUUAUCAGCUUACAAAAAUGCGUUCCUAUAAAAUUCAGAGUGGAAUCAACGACAUGACAACACUAUUUUAUCGAAUUGGUUUUUGGCAUCGAGGACCAGCUGCCUCACCCAGGGAACUGUGCCUGAAGUUAUUUUAUUGCAUUCUUUACGUUCAAUUCCCGAUUUCGCUGAUGGGUGGUGCAAUUAUCAGUGACACUAUAGGGGAGGCCAUAUUCUUGAUGGAACCAUCAGUCAUAACAUCGGUCAUGUUUACAAAAUUGUGUGUCCUGAUUUGGAAACAAAAUGAAAUUAUGGAAUUUUUGAAUGGAAUUUGCGUAUUUCCGAUUAGAUAUGACGAAGACUUCAUGUAUGUCGAUGUGAAAUUGAAACGAUUUAUGACAUUCGUUAGAGUAGUUCUGGGGGUGGCACUCGUUGCCGUUGGAUUCGAAGGCAUUCUUGUACCGAUUAUAACAACUGAAAGAUAUUUAUUUUAUAAAAUUGCAUUUCCGUGGGACUGGAAAACAGACGAUCGUGCAUAUUGGGCUGCAGUCGCCUUUGAGUUUAUGGGAAUUGUAUUUACGGUUCUAGCGUUUGUAUUUUCUAUAGUCAUAUGGUACUUGCUGUUAAACUGUUCGUUACGGUAUGAAGUGCUUGGGAAUGAAAUGGGAAAGAUGGGAAGUAAAUGGGACAAAGUCAGAGCAAAGGUUUCAGUAAUGGAAAGGGAAAACAUCUUUUCGCGGGACUUAAAGGCAUCAAUCGAAAGCCACUUACGGAUAAGGAAAUUGGUAGAUCAAUUGGAAUCAUUUCUCUUCAAUUUAUUUUUUCUUCAAUUUUGUACGAGUGGGUUGUGCAUUUGCACAUCAAUUUACAGUUUGGCAUUCAACGUCGGCAGUAGUAGAACGGAACGGUUAUGUCACGUUUUCAAUUUGUCGUAUAACAUAUCCGAGAUAUUCAUGAUUACACUCUUCGGUAAUGAGAUUCUAGUUGCCAGCGAUCGCCUUUCCUAUUGUCUAUUUGAAUCAAACUUUGUUGGCCAGACAAUAUCAGUAAAAAAGCGUAUCAUCAUUUUUACUGAAUAUUUGAAGCAACCACAACGUCUGAUGAUUGGUAAUUUGUAUCCAUUGACUUUGGAAACGUUCACUAUGGUCUUAAAGGGCGCCUACAGUAUGUUCAAUAUUUUAAAAAACGGUGUGAAAUAA